UUCGUUGAAGAUAACUCGAAUCAGCUAGAGAGAACCGAACUUUGGCCUUGUCGAAAACAACAACAUGAGUCGAACUGAUGGAAUACGUUUUGGCGGGAAUCGUUGUGGAUCGUUUUGCAGAAUGUUCUGUGGGCGCUGCAAACAAGAUAUUCUUAUGGUUUUGAUAGUAGCAGGAGUUGUUGUUGGGUUUAUAAUUGGAUUUUUGGCUAAUAAACCUGUCAACGAGCUGGAAACUCCUGAAGACCGUGCCACGGCCAUCAUGCUGAUCGGCUUCAUUGGAGAAUUGUUCAUGGCGAUGUUAAAAAUGCUGAUUCUUCCUCUAAUAAUGCUUAGUAUGAUUUGUGCUUUGUGUGUACUGGAUUCAAAYGCCACUGGGAAGAUUGGACGGAGGACGGUGCUGUACUAUCUGUGUACAACUAUCAUUGCUGUGAUUCUUGGAAUCGGCCUCGUCGCUCUCAUUCAACCGGGAAAAUAUCGACCGUCUGACGAUAAUCGAGUAGAAGGAAAAACUKCUGGUCCACGAAGAAACCUGGAUUCAUUUCUUGACUUGAUAAGGAUGAUGUUCCCUAAUAAUAUUGUUGAAGCCAUGUUCAUGCAGAAAACUACAAAAUACAAGAGUGCACCAGGAAAAUACUCAUACUAUAAUCAAACAGUUGAUUUAACUAAAAAUGAGACAGCUGAUGGUAAAGUGGUAUUUUCAAAUGGUACAAUGAACAUAACUACUGUAAAGAAAGAGAUUUAUCCACCAUCGCUUGUUGUCCCUAAUGGCCUGAAGAGAGGAUAUGGUUUGAAUGUGUUGGGUAUUGUGAUGUUUUCGAUUGUGUUUGGGAUAGUGUUAGGUCGUCUAGGUGAGCGUGGUGCUCCACUAAGGGUUGUUUUGGAGGCUAUGAAUGAAGUCAUCAUGCAAAUGAUUACUAUAGUCAUGUGGCUUUCACCAAUUGGUAUUUGUAGCUUAAUUGCUCAGAAUCUGGUACGCAUGACUGAUAUUGCUGCAUCUUUCAAGGCUUUGGGUAUGUUCAUGGUGACAUCCAUUGCUGGCCUGCUUAUUCAUGGCUUGAUUCUGCUUCCAAUAAUUUAUUUUAUCCUGACAAGAAAGAAUCCUUAUAAAUUCAUAUAUAAUUUGAGGGAUGCCUUAAUCACUGCCUUUGGAACUGAUUCAAGUUCAGCAACUCUACCUACAACAAUGCGUUGUUGUGAGGAGAAGAAUCGUGUGGACUCUAGAAUUGUUCGCUUUGUGUUGCCACUGGGUGCUACUGUCAACAUGGACGGCACAGCAUUGUAUGAGGGUGUCAGCUGUUUAUGGAUUGCUCAGAUGAAUGGGGUGGAUCUUAGUGCCAGUGAAAUUGUCACCACAGUUAUUACUGCUACUGCUGCAGCGGUUGGAGCUGCUGGUAUACCAUCAGCAGGGUUGGUUACAAUGUUGAUAGUGUUACAAGCAGUUGGUCUUCCAACUCAUGACAUUGCCCUUAUAUGGUCAGUUGACUGGUUCAUUGACCGGUUCCGUACCAUGGUUAACAUUACUGGUGAUGCCCUCGGAUCUGGAAUCGUCGAGCACCUGUCACGCAACGAACUCCUAUUAAUGGAUCACGUGGCUAAUGAGGAAGGUAACACAAUCGCACUUGCUGACCGGUACAUCUCCAAGGAUCCAGAAGCUAUUUAAGCUGUAAAACUUACCUUUUCUAAAAUCUUUUUAAUGGUGUUUACUGGUUUUUAUUAGUCAUUUCUGACAUGGGCAAGGUUACUUCCACAGCAAAACCCAGAUAUUUCUUUUUCUGGUGAAAUCGCAAGCCAAAAAAGCCAAAACGUAUCGAAACAUAGAUAUAUUCAUUUCGAUAUAAAAGGGUUUUAAACGUGGUUUUAACACGACGUAGAAAUGAAGAACUACCGAGAUGUAAAAAAAGGUUGGGUUGAAUAGUAACCUAUCAGGCAGAUAAAUCCUAAUCCAGCCGAUAAAAUCUAGAGUGGAGUGGAUAAGUUUAUUCAUCCCUGCCUCCUCCUGGAAGCAUAAGGAACGCCCCAUAAUGCCAUAUUUUGCAAUGUCAUCAGUUCCUUUAUUAUGUAUUGUGUUUUCCUUCCUUCAAACAAAAGUCCCAGAAAAUUGUCUUUUUGUGUGGGCUCGUUGCAAAAGCAAUUAGUUUGAUAAGUAAUAUCUAAUUUAAUUAGUUCAAGACUUUCAAUCACCCUACAAUCACAAGGUUGAUUGAUAAAUCAUAAGUUAUUUUUAGGUUAGAAAUGGUACAAAUGUAACGCAAAAGCUUUGUAAAGUGCUUUUUUAGGAAGAAUAGGAAGUGGUAUAUGACAAGGAGAUGCUGUAGUAUCAGACAUUUUGUCCAUACAAGGCUGUUAUCAUGUCCGGAGAAUGAUGAAAUCAGAGUUAUUAGAGGGGGUGAACUCCUCUUCUAACUCUUAUGAAACAGAUCAGUAUGGAUAAAGUUGUUGUUUUGUAUAUAACAGUUGGUUACCAAGGUAACUGUCACUUAUGUUAUCUCCAAUAACUGAAUCAUCAUACUUGUCAUUAUUUUAUAUUAGAAUUCGAUAGGAGUUUAUUAUUUAAAACUGUUGGACGGUCUAAAUUCAGCUAAGCUGUCUUUUCAUCGUGUAUAAAUAAAGCGAAAUGAUUAUCAAAAUACACAGAAACCUCUAUAAUACGGACACUGAAGGGCUAACCGAAGGAUUUGACCAAAUACUGAACGUGUCUUUAAUACAGAGGUUGCUAUUGUAAGAAUCACCGCACGGUGCUUCAAUUUUGACACGCGCAAAACUAUAUGCGUCAGUUGCAUACCGUAAACUGGAAUGACAAAUGCAUUUUUUCAAAAAUCUUGAAAAAUGUCAUUUUUAUAGUGCAAUUUUUUAAAUAUUUACUCUAAUUUAAAGCAGCGCUGUUAUAUUUUAUUUUCUAAUAAUGAAAUAAUGUAAACCAGCUGCAAGGUUGUUCCUGCGUGUACCGGAGCGAGAACAGAAACAAAAGACCAAAACGUAGAGCAGAAUCUAAACAAUAUAACCGAAAUACAAAGAAACCUAACUGUAGUUUGUGGUACACACAGAAGGGACCGGUUGCAAACUGAAAACCUGCGUGGCUUUCAAACGCUACCCGAAUCACUAGUUUGUUUGUCACUAUGUGUGAGAAGACAAAUCCGUUGGAUUUUAUACUAGUUUCAUGGGGUAGAGAUAAUAACAUUGAAAACCUUGGUGCUUAUUUUUAUAAUUGUUUUAAUUUGUAUGACGGAAAAUUACUCGAUUGGCCCAAGUCACUAUUCAAUAAGCUUUGCAAGGUUUUCAUAUCCUUACUAAGGGGAACUUGAUGCAGCCAUAAGGUAAAAUUUUUUCUAUAGAGAAAAUGGCGGAUGCUGUUCAAUGUACCGCUCUGGAGCACAGGGCCACGUGAUUCGAUGAAUAGCACACUAACCGUGUCCUCAACGGCCAUGUUCCUGGAGCGGGAUAGCUUGACCUCAGCACUUCUGAAAUUUUCUUAUUUAUGCUUUUUUUUGGUAGCCAUAUAGUGACUAUCCAGGGUUUUUAGAGGGGAGUUGGAAGCUUGGUUAAGUGGACGAAUAGUACAUACAUCUAUUUCAAAAGAAUCCGUUGAAAGUAGCUAAGAUACAUGUGAACUAAAUUAUCGCGCACCACGUCUGAUCAGGUGGCUAAACUGACAGAAAUAAAUGAGCGACUGAAAUUUUGCCGCGCGUUGACACCGCGAACGACAUUAUGUAGCGCUAAAUGUAUCCUAGAUUAGCCUAGCGUAGCGGCUCAGGGGAGGGGGGAAGAGGGAAAACGGAAGGGAAAGGGGGUAGGGGGAGCUCCCAUUCCUUUUCUCCUCCACCCCUCCCCUACAGCCGCUACGCAGACUAACAUUAGCUGCGGACCAACAACAAUUCGUGAAAUCGCUUUCUACCGAUGUCAUUUGUUGGACUGUUUCAGACUACCUUGACAGUGCCAAUAUAUAUAUUGUGUUCAAAGUAGUUUUACUCAUCCAAGCUUACCAUGAGAUAUGUAAUGGGCAUUUACUUAAAUACGAAAUAAAGAAAUGUAAUUUCUCAUAA